AUGACUACGUACGGCGAAGGAGAUCCUAGCGAUAAUUCGAGCGAGUCCUUGAACUGGCUCAAGUUUAAUUCGGACACGUCCUUGAAGAUUCUGAGAUACGCGGCUUUCGGCCUUGGAAACAGCAGCUACCGAUUCUACAACAAAGUUAUCGACGAUGUCGUGGCGGCACUCGGUUAUUCAGGAGCUAUUUCACUUCUACCAGUAGGCAAAGGGAACGAAGCGACUCGCACUACAGAAGAAGACUUCAUGGAGUGGAAGGAUAACUUGUUUCCUAUGCUGGCUUCAGAACUCAACCCCGCCGAAUAUGAGGCAAAAUACACAGCGAGAAUGAAGUUCGUCGAGCACGGAUCUUUUUCGAGCAAUCGCCUUCACCUGGGCGACCCUUUCCUGAAACGCACUCCAAAGAAGGCAACAGCUAUAGCUUCCUCGAUUGCAGCUUUUCCAAUCAAAGAACGACGCGAACUCACCCUCAAACCCUCAGCCAGCCGAAACUAUGUUCACAUGGAGCUAGAUCUCUCUGCUCACCCUAAGAUCAAAUACAAGACUGGUGAUCAUAUUGCCGUCUGGCCCACAGACCCGAAUGAGGAAGUGGUAGCUCUUCUUCGCAUACUUGAACUUGAGUCUAGAAAGGAUGUUCCAAUCAGUGUGCUGCCGCUAGACGGAGAAACCGACAAGCUUAAGGUCCCAAGCCCAACGACCAUUCAAGCACUCUUCCAACAUUACCUGGAAAUAUAUGCUCCUGUUCCACGGGAGACUGUCCUCUCGCUGGCACAGCUUGCAGCCACAGAAAAAGUGAAAUCAGUACUUAAAGCUCUCGGAAAAGACAAGGUCGCAUAUGCUACGUUUCUCGAGCAUAACCAUCUCACCCUCGCUCGGCUGCUUAAGUAUACACUCACCAUCGACACGACGGGCACCGGUAUCGCACCGUUUCGUGGCUUUUUACAGGACCGUGCCCGCUUCGCGUCAACCGGAAGACAAAUUGGCCCGAUGAUCCUGUUCUUCGGCUGCCAGUGUCCAGAGUACGAGUUCUAUCGAGAUGAACUAAUGGAGUUGAUGUCCGGACCCUUGGAUGGUAAGUUGGAGAUUGUUACCGCUUUCUCUCAUGUAGGAAAUGAAAAGAAAUAUGUGCAACACCGUUUACAGGAGAGGGGUGACGAAAUUGGUAGGUUGCUAUUAGAGGAGGAUGCAAGCUCUUAUGUUUGUGGCGCAGCAAAUAUCGCAAGGGCUGUCGAAGGGGUGGUAAGAGACUCUAUCAAAAGAGUGAAAGGCUGGAAGAACUCAGUGGUAGACGUAUGGAGACAGGGGAGAAAGAGAGCAAAACGCUGGCAUAAAGAUGUCUGGGGUUGA